AUGGCGGAUCAGUAUCAGUACAAUACUAAUGAGGAGAAGUUUGUGAAGGACAGCCACACCAAAGAGAUAGAUCUAAUUAACAGAGAUCCAAAGCAGAUCAAUGACGACGUGGUGAAGGUGGAGUUUGAGGAUGUCAUUGCAGAGCCUGAUGGUACACACAGCCUGGAUGGGGUGUGGAAGCUCAGCUACACCACUUUCACUGUUUCCAAAUACUGGUGCUACCGCGUUUUGUCUGCUGUCUUUGGUAUCCCCGUGGCCCUGCUCUGGGGCUUCCUGUUUGCCUGCAUCUCCUUCUGCCACAUUUGGGCGGUGGUGCCCUGCAUCAAGAGCUGCCUGAUUGAGUCGCAGUGCGUGAGCCGCAUCUACUCCCUUUGCAUCCAGACCUUCUGCGAUCCCUUCUUUGAAGCCUUGGGCAAGAUCUUCAGCAGUGUUCGCGUGGCACUGCGCAAAGAAGUCUAA